AUGAAGCUCUCACGCCUCCUGCAACUGCCUGUGAUGCUCGCCGCCGCAACGCUCGCCCCGGUGGUGCUGGCCGAACACACGAGCAACUGGGCCGUCCUCGUCUGCACAUCCCGGUUUUGGUUCAACUACCGCCACCUAGCCAAUGUGCUCUCCAUCUAUCGCACCGUCAAACGACUCGGUAUCCCCGACUCGCAGAUCAUCCUCAUGCUUCCCGACGACAUGGCCUGUAACCCGCGAAACGCCUUCCCCGGCACCGUCUACAGCAACUCGGAUCGCGCGGUCGACCUGUACGGCGACAACAUCGAGGUAGACUACCGCGGUUACGAAGUCACUGUCGAAAACUUUAUCCGGCUCCUGACCGACCGCGUCGGCGACGAAAUGCCUCGCAGCAAGCGCCUCCUCACCGACGACCGAAGCAACAUCCUCGUGUACAUGACGGGUCACGGCGGAAACGAGUUCCUGAAGUUCCAAGACGCCGAGGAGAUCGGCGCUUUUGACCUUGCCGAUGCGUUCGAGCAGAUGUGGGAGAAGAAGAGAUACCACGAGAUCCUCUUCAUGAUCGACACCUGCCAAGCGAACACGAUGUACAGCAAACUCUACUCCCCCAACAUUAUCGCCACCGGGUCUUCGGAGCUCGACCAAUCCUCCUACUCACACCACGCUGACAACGACGUCGGCGUCGCCGUCAUCGACCGGUACACAUACUACAACCUCGAGUUCCUCGAAUCCCAAGUCCAGGAUCUGAGCUCCAAGAAGACGGUAGGCGAGCUUUUUGACAGCUACACCUACGAGAAGAUCCACUCCCACGCCGGCGUACGCUACGACCUGUUCCCCGGCGGCGCCGACGCCGCACGUAGCCGUCGCAUCACCGACUUCUUUGGCAACGUGCAGAAUGUCGAGGUGGACGGGGCCAAGAACAUGGCCCUCGACGAAGAGUUGCUGGAGUUGAGCCAGAAGAUUUCUGCGCUGAAGCGGCGGGCCGAGGAGGCCGACGCCGCGGCGAAGAAUGCUUCGCUGGCGGACAAGGCCAAGGUUCAGACACCGAGCGCCCAGGUCCAGGCCAAGCGUGUGAAGAUGGCCAAGCCUCUCACGAAUGACAACUGGUGGGAGAAGAAGAUUGUUGGCGCCACCGCUUUGGCCGGAUGCGCCCUUCUGUGGGCCUUAGGGUCGUACCUUGAGACGCCGAAGGCGGAGGAGGAGACUAAGACGACGACCGGCCAGAAUGACCAUAUCACUGUCAAGGCAUAG